AUGGUUCCCCCACGCGACCUCCCGGACCGCCCUGGUGGUAGAGCGCCUCUCCCGAAUGAUCGUCGCGACGAUCGGCCUCCUUCUCGAAUCUCGGGAACGAACAACGUCCCGAUCGGCGCGAAGCCCGCCGACCAUCCGUCUGACGGUUUCGCGCCCAAUGGCGUCCGUUCCCCUGUCGAUCGGUACCGACGUGUGGAUGACGUCGGGGAUCGUCUUCGUCGUCCACCUCCUGGGGACUUAGAGCCUUAUGACAGACGGCCUCCCCCUCCCCAUGACUUGCCACCAUCGGACCCUCCACGUGGUGACCGUCUCGAUCGCCGGUUGUCGGUUGGCCAGGAAGGAUUCAACCGAGCUCGCGGCGAACCCAUGAUUGAUCGACCGACCAGUGCACUGCCUCCUCGUCCUAGGGAUGCUCCCAGAGAUGAUCAGCCUCUACGCCAGUCACGGUUUGGAGAUACUUCGCCGGCAGCUACUUCGCCGGCUUUGGCACCCCGUGUCUGGCAAACCCGCGACGAGGCACAGAGUGGACGCGCUCCAGAACCACGUUCCAACGAUGAUCGCCCUCCUAGGGAGGACAACCGCUUCACGCGCGAUGGAGGCGCCUGGGAGCCUCGUCAGGACGGUCCUCCGCCCCGGCGAUGGCCUGUGAACGAUACCUAUCCCCCAGGUCCUAUCGGGCCGGACGCCGCAGGCUCGCGAACUCGCUCUCCCGAGGUACCGUUACGCCCCAGAUCGAUCACGCCGCCGCCUCAGCCCUACGUCCCUCGCUUCAUCGAACGUCCGUUAGAGCAGCCCGUAACGUCUAGCAAGCUGCACCCAGAGCGCGCUCGCCUGUUCGUCCGAGAACCAGAUGUACCCGUCCACCUUCGCCAACCGGUAAGGUCCCCUGAUCGGGGGUACCCGGACAACAUGCGCCGCGACAUCGACAGGAACUUGCCGUCGCGGCCUAUCGACGAUGCGCGUCUGCCUCCGCCUCGGGAGAGGUCUCCGCCUCCGAUGCAGAACGGCCAUCGUCCCGGCGCGAAGCGCGGGGGUUCUCUCCUGGACCGGCUGACGCUGGAUGACAAUCCUCCUGUGCACGACGGGGGAUCGUCUCUCCGCGACAGGGUCGGAUUCCCGUCGCAGGGGAGCAGCGAGGGUGGUGUGAGCGCCCACGCGGAGUCGAUGGAGGUGGACCUUGAGGGCGACGACGGUGGGAAGGCCGGUGGUGGGCGCGGAAUGGGGAGAAGGCGUUCUGGCAAGCCGAAGCGGGCCCGCCGGAACGGUGCUUCGUGA